CUACCAACAACAACAUCGACUACCGAGAUAACUCGUAUAUAAGGAUUCCUCACUUGAUGGCUACACUACGAGCUAUAUCAGCCAAUUCCACCCUACCUCUCGUGUUCAGGACUUUCAACAAAGCACACUACCUUGUGCGCACUAUACAACACCAAGCAUAUGAUGCUGCAUUUGACCAAGAUGACCUCACCGAAGCUAGAAAGUGGUAUACUUCGUUCACCGAAAGUAACUUGCCAAAGGGUCAGACAAGCUACUCUAGGUCAAGCGGGCCUGGGGGGCAGCAUGUAAACAAGACUGAGAGCAAAGCCACAACAGUAUGGUCCAUCGAGGAGUUGUCUAAGGGCUUGCCAAAACUAGUUCGUUUGGCCUUGCGCUCUUCAAAGUACUAUUCAAAAAGGAACGACUCCAUCACAAUUCAAGCCCAGACCCAACGGAGCAGGUCUGCUAAUACUGAUGAUAAUCACCUGAAGCUGGUAGAAGAACUGCAGAAGAUUUACAGGGAACAAGUCCCAGGAACUACCAGUAGCGAAAAGAUUAAGAAGUACGAAGCCUUAGAGAAAUCAGCUCGCGAGAGCAGGCUCAGAUCGAAGAAGCAGCAAAGUUCUAAAAAGGCAUUUCGGAAAGGCAGGGGAGGUGAUGAGUAAACAUAUCACAUGCUCAUCUAGAAACGCCUUCACCCUGAGGGACUUUGACGAAUCGUCAACUUAACCACUGGGUACAUACACAACGGAGCACCCUAGGCGUUUGUUGUUAACUAGCGAGAGUUGUGUGUGCAGUUUAAAAUUGCUUACUGCCAAUCGCCAACUCCAAGAUGUAAGCGAACGUCUAUAAUCUGGGCACUUGUGGUGUCAUAAAAAUUGAAUAUUACAUGUUACAUGGUUCUGUUAAACAUCACGAUAUAGCGAUAUUUAUAGGGAAUAUCUAAUAGAGUAGGUAGGAAGUUCCUUUUGUCCCUUCCCCCACGGUAGCAAGCAACGCGCCUAUUUCUUUGCGGCUGACUAAAACGCCCAGAAUGAGGGG